CAGGGUUGGGUUGGCUUGUCCUUCACCUAAUAUAGAUCAUCAAAAUGAUUCCUCUAGCUUUGAUUUUUGUUCUUCUGAACAUUUUUUAUUCAAGUUCGUUAGCAGAAUCAACACCACAAUCUGAAUCAAAAUACUUGCCGUUCCUCCAAUGCAUGCAAAACUACACAAAAGGCAAUGUGAAGGACAUAAUCUACAACGAAGCCAACCCUUCCUACACCUCAGUUCUCCGCGCCUACAUACGAAACGCUCGUUUCAACAUUUCCUCCACCUUGAAGCCUGACCUCAUCGUCACAGCCGCCACUGAGUCCGACGUUUCGGCCACCGUAUUAUGCACCAAAGCCUCCGGCCUGCGCCUCAAAACUCGAAGCGGCGGACACGACUACGCCGGCGUCUCCUACACCUCUGCUGUCCCCUUUGUCAUCCUCGACAUGUUUCAGCUCCGCUCGAUCACCGUUGAUGUUGCUGAUCAGUCGGCUUGGGUUCAGGCUGGUGCUACGCUCGGUGAGCUGUACUACAACAUUUGGAAGAACAGCAAGGUCCUUGGCUUCCCGGCCGGAAUUUGCCCGACUGUCGGCGCUGGAGGACACAUUAGCGGCGGAGGUUAUGGAAAUAUGAUUAGAAAGUAUGGCUUGGCGGUUGACUAUGUAAUUGACGCGAAAAUAGUCGAUGCCAAAGGCAACAUUCUUGACAGAAAACAAAUGGGGGAAGAUCUUUUCUGGGCGAUCCGAGGUGGUGGCGGAGCCAGUUUUGGAGUCAUUUUGUCGUACAAGCUGAAGCUCGUUCCGGUACCGGAAAAAGUUACCGUUUUCCAAGCCGAAAGGUCCUUGGACAAGAACGAAAGCAUGACGGACUUCGUUGUCCAAUGGCAAAACGUUGCCCCAACCACAGACGACGGCCUUUUCAUGAGAAUGCUCGUACAACCAACCUCUUCUACUGUCACCAAAAAAGGGAAAACAGUCAAAGUUACCAUCAUUGCCCAAUAUCUCGGCACAGCUGACACUCUCGUGUCUGCUUUGGGGAAGGAGUUUCCACUGUUGGGAUUGAAGAAGGAGAACUGUACGGAAUUGAGUUGGAUCGAUUCCGUUCUUUGGUGGGCUAAAAUGGACAACGCCACUUCCCCCGAUGUUUUGCUUGAUAGGAAUGUUAACUCAGCGAUCUUCGGGAUAAGAAAGUCAGACUACGUUCAGAAUGCAAUUCCUCCAACUGGGUUGGAAUCGCUUUGGGCAAAGAUGAGUCCAGGUAAAGUGGGACUGGUUUUCAAUCCAUAUGGAGGCAAAAUGAGCAAGGUGCCAUCGACGGAGACUCCGUUUCCUCACCGGGCGGGGAAUCUUUUCAAGAUUCAAUACUCUGUGGGUUGGAAAGAAGAUGAGCCUCAAGCCGAGAGCCAAUAUUUGGCAGAGAUAAGGAGUCUUUAUAGUUUCAUGACCCCAUAUGUGUCCAAAAAUCCAAGGUCUGCUUUCUUGAAUUAUAGGGACUUGGACAUUGGUAUCAAUAGUCACUCUGGUAAGAAUAGCUAUGAGGAAGGCAAGGUUUAUGGAGUGAAGUACUUUGGUAACAAUUUUGAUAGGUUGGUAAAGGCGAAGACUGCAGUUGAUCCGGAGAACUUCUUCAAGAGUGAGCAGAGUAUCCCUGUUCUACCGGCGAAGGCUUUUAGAAAACUUUUAUAAUGAAACGAUACUAGUUGGUGCUGGGAUCACUGAAGUGUAGAACUCGCUAAUGAAUUAAAGUGUGUGAACUACCUAUUGGUGCACAUGAAUAACAUAACUUUUCACUAACAUUUAGCAUGUCAUAUAUAAAUAUAUAUUAUUCAUUUCGACUUAAAAAGUUGAAAGAACAAAUAUUAAUGCACAUGUACUGCACCAUCUCAUUUUCUCUUGUGGUUCCAACAUCAUUGCUAUUGUAUUUAGGUGGAUCCCCUAGUCAUCAGAAUAUCAAAUAUUCAACCAUUCUAUUGGCAAAGUUGCUAUGUAUUUUUUUUUAA